CUGACCAGAGCCGAGAACGGAAAAAGGGAAACGGAAGCACAAGACCGAGCAACAUGGAGAAGGCUCCCACCAGGGAAAAAGCCGCCUUCCGACAAACCGGCAAAACGGACACCAGCCAUCGCCUGCCUGAAGACUCCGCCGCCAGCCAGAAUAGCACAAAGGAAACUUCAAGCUCUGAUAUCGCAACACACGGAGGAACAACCAGCAACGCGAAAACGACGGCCACACAUCAGGCCAUACACGACGACCACAACACCAGCAGCCCAAGAGUCGAGCAAGGCGCAGGGAGAACCAGACCAUAAGAAGAGACUGCCGAAAAUCAUCAUGGAUACGCCGAUCACGAACAAGGUUCGCAUAGAGACCCGCGCUCCGCCGGCGUACAAGAUCCCGAUUUCCAGAGGCAGGACAAUCGACGUGCCAUACCAUGCGGCACACGUCGCACACAAAUAUCGACGCAAAACUGCUUUCGCCACCAGGAGAUUUCAAGCUGAACGCGCUCGAGCGAAGAGCACUAGACCGUUUGGUAACGAAUUAGGCCUUGCUGAGGAAACGAGCAAUCGAGCAGAUGAUGGAAAACCCGACAGCGGCCACAAGAACGACGACGGCCACAAGCCCGACGGCGGCCACAAGCACGACGGCGGCUACAAGCCCGACGGCAACCACAAGCCCGACGGCAACCACAAGCCCGACGGCAACCACAAGUCUGGCGGCGACGGCAACCACAAGCCUGGCGGCGACGGCAACCACAAGCCGGGUGGCCAGGAAUUGAAUCCUGACGUCGAUGAGACCAAUCGAGUAGAUGAAGAAAAGCUCGACGGCGGCCCGGGCGGCGAGGAACUGAAUCCUGAAAUGGAGGUUGAUGAUGGUAGCUCUGAGGAAUUAGUGCGCGUGAAACGACAAGCUCUCGCGGGCGAGAUCAGUCCUGUCGACAGAACAGAUGAACGCCGCGCUUUAGCCAAUGAAUCGCUGGAAAAAAAGUCGGCCGGCGGCGGCGGUGAGGACGAUGAAGAGACCGAAUCUCCGCUGAUGGACGACAGCGACGAUGAUCUGGACGAUGAAGAUAAUGUCGAUGUGCAAGACGAUGCCAAGAAUCCACCGCCGGCCGGCGGUGACGGCGGCAAGAAGCCGGACCACGGCAACAAGGGCGGAGAUGGAUCCGACGGAAAAAUCGAUCAUCGCAAAGACGAUGACGAGGACUCCGGUAAAGAUAACAUUCCGCAUCCCGACUACCCGAACCCGCUGGCGUUCGUCGAGCCGUUGAACAAGCCACCGAGCAAUUUGCUGGCGUACGAACUCGUGAGUGAUCACGAUGCGGACAAUUCGCCAGAUCGCGGCACCGUAUUAUUCGGCUCGUGGUGGUACGAGAAGCGAGCUUUCGUCUCCAUGUUUUACUUUCAGCAUCAGAUCUUGCGCUUCGUCGUGACCGAGAGCAAUAACUCCAUCGGCUCGAUCGACGCGUACGUACGGUGCGUGGCGGUGCUGCGGGACUUUGCCAAUCAAUUCUAUCGGUUUACGUCCAGUUACCAAAAGGCGCUCCGUUCAACGAUUGGCGCAUGUACUUGACCAUGUCGACCGCUCACUUCGUGCAAUGCCUCUAC